AUGGACAUGGACACCGACGCGGGGCUCCAAGUCGCGCUGGUCGGGGCGGUGGCCGUGGGGGCGGCCGCCGUCGUCAUCGCCGCCGCCGUGUCGGGUGGUCUCCGGUGGAAGGAGAGGGCGUGGGUGGGCGACGUCGAGCGCGCCGACGGGGACGACGACGCGGACGCCACGCUCAUGACGUACGAGCAGGCGGCGGCCAGGUCUUUGCCCGCGGCGGCGGCGACAGGGGCAAGGGCGGAGGGGGAGGAGGACGUGUGCGUAAUCUGCCAGUCGGAGUACGCCGGCGCCGGCGAGCUGGUGCGGAUGGUGCAGUGCGGCCACUUCUUCCACGUGGGGUGCAUCGACCGCUGGCUCCGGAAGAGGCCGCGCUGCCCGAUCUGCCGCCGCGGCCUGCCGUUGCCGCCGCAUCCGGAGCCUGGCUGCCCGCCAAUGCCGCCGCGGACGAGCCGCCCCGCCGCCGCCGCCGCAGUCGUCGGCUGA